AUGAUAGGAUGGGAGCCACCUGAACCGGGAUGGUGCUGUGCUAACACAGAUGGAUCAGUAAUUCUGCCGAUUCAAAGCUCGACGGCGGGAGGUAUUAUUCGGGAUGAGGCAGGCAGAUUUAGAGAAGCAUUUUCAAUGAAUUUGGGUGGAGGCUCGAUUACCCACGCGGAGCUGAUGGGAGUUUUACAGGGGCUAAAGUGCGCGUGGAACUUGGGCAUUAGGAAGCUGGAGCUGCGAACAGACUCUCGCACUGCCCUGGCGCUGGUCACGACAGCAGCUCCUCGACACCCUCAUUACCGGUCGGUCAUACAAAUAUGUCGGAUGCUGGAGAGAGAUUGGGAAGUCCGGCUGAAACACACCUUCAGGGAAGGUAAUGUUGUUGCGAAUUUCCUCGCGGCGACCGAGCACCACCGGCCGUUGGGGACUCACUUGAUCGGAUCGCCUUGCCCUGAGCUUUGUCACUGGUUGAUGUAUGAUCUUGUAGGGAGUCAAACUCCCAGACUUGUUCCUGUGUCUUAA